CAAGUUCAAAUUCACGUUUAUUAACUAUUUAUACUAAUAUUCAUUUUGUAUUCCUCGUUACCUUCGCAACAAAUAAAUUUUAAAUUAACGCACAGCGUACAGAAGGGUAACGCUGGCAGACUCUAGCAAUCGUGGCAGCUCUGGCGAUAUCUAUUGUGAACGUACAUAAGAUCUGCAUGGCAACGCCAGCCAACUGGCAGCACUGCAUUGGACAUCCAUGACUAUUGGCAGCACUGCAUUUGGAACAGUGAGCAAAAGCAAAACGAAGAGAGAACAGCUAUAUAUUUUUGAUUUUUAAAAGGUUAGUUAGAGUUUUUAACGGAUUUGCCAAUCGAAUUGGACACAGGGAACAGCCGGGCAAACACAAAGCAACAGCAGCAACAAAGUGCAAAAGACUGAUAACAAAGCAAAAUCAACGGAAUUAGGAGCUUUAAGGAUACUGUCGUUCUUCUGCCACUGUGGGUGUGUUGCCAUUUGCACUUGCCACUGCUACUGUUUAAUAUCAACACUAACGUAAACAAUAUCUUCCCGACGAAUCGAAUUAAUCGUCAGAUUCUUCUUGGUCGUGUCGUAAUUAGAGAGUAGGCCACGCCGGCGGUUGUAACACGCAGCGGAAACAACAACACUAUCGCCUGCGACAACAACAACCACAUAACAGCACAGCAUCAGAGAAAGUGCAGCGGCAACGCCAGCGACAGCGCCAACAUCGAUUCACAACAACAGAAGCAGCGGCAGUGACGAUCGCAAAAUUAGCGGCAGCGUUGACGGCAACAACAAAAUGGACGAUCUAAUGGUCGAAGUGAGGCUCGAGAAUGGCGCCUUCUAUAAGGGCCAGGUGACAGCUGUCGGGGAUGAUGGCGUGUUCGUUGAUGUGGACGGCGUUCCCGAGGUCUUGAAAUAUCCAUUCGGAAACGUGCGCCUACCGCCCGAUGAGGUGGGAGAAUCUGCGCCUAUUUUCGAGGAAGGCAUGGAGGUGGAGGUGUUCACGCGCACAAACGAGCGCGAGACCUGCGGCUGGUGGGUGGCCAUCAUCAAAAUGCUCAAAGCAGACAUCUGCGCAGUCGCGUACAUUGGUUUUGAGACGCCCUACACCGAGAUCUGUGAGUUGGGCAGACUGCGCGCAAAGAACCAGAAUCCGCCAAUCACGCCAAAAUCGUUCUUCCAGUUCACGCUGCCCGUACCCGAAGAAUUGCGCGAAGAAGCUCAGAAGGAUGGCAUACACAAGGAGUUUCAGCGAACAAUCGACGCGGGCGUUUGUAAUUACAGUCGUGAACUGGACGCAUUGAUUGUGAUCUCCAAGUGGGAUCACACUCAGAAACGCGCUAGCAUGCUCAAGGAUAUGCAUUUUCGUAAUCUCUCACAAAAGGUUAUGCUCUUGAAAAGGACUGAAGAGGCCGCUCGCCAGCUUGAAACGACCAAACUGAUGAGUCGUGGCGGCCCUGUCAUUCACAGCAACUUCAUUGAGGAAUUUUCUGUGCGUGAGGAUCUCAUGGGCCUGGCCAUUGGCUCGCACGGCUCGAAUAUACAAGCAGCACGCACGCUGGUCGGCGUCACUAAUAUUGAGCUGGAGGAAAAGUCCUGCACAUUUAAGAUAAGCGGCGAGACCGAGGAGUCGGUGCAGCGUGCCCGUGCGAUGCUCGAAUAUGCCGAGGAAUUCUUUCAGGUGCCGAGAGAGCUGGUGGGCAAGGUGAUUGGCAAGAACGGGCGCAUCAUACAGGAAAUUGUAGACAAGAGUGGCGUGUUUCGAAUCAAGGUGAGUGCUAUCGCUGGCGAUGAUGAACAGGAUCAUAAUAUACCACGAGAGUUGGCGCACGUACCGUUUGUGUUCAUUGGCACCGUCGAGAGUAUUUCUAAUGCCAAAGUGCUGCUGGAAUAUCACUUGUCCCACCUGAAGGAAGUGGAACAGUUGCGUCAGGAAAAAUUGGAGAUCGAUCAGCAGCUGCGCGCCAUACAAGAGUCCUCCAUGGGCUCCACACAAAGCUUCCCCGUAUCUCGGCGUUCCGAACGUGGCUACAGUAGCGACAUCGAGUCUGUGCGUUCACAACGCGGAGGUAACGUAGGUCCGCGCGGCCGUGGACGCGGACGCGGCGCAACUGGCGGUGGCGGUGGUGGCGGCAAUGGCCUAAACCAGCGUUACCAUCAGGGCCGUCGAGACGAUGAUGACUACAACUCCCGCGGCGAUCAUCAGCGCGAGCGCUACAAUGAACGUGGGGGCGGCGGCGCCGGCAGCGGUGGUGGAAACUAUCGCGGUGGCAAUGACAGACGCGGCAUCAAUCGUCGGCCACCGCGCAACGAGCAGAAUGGACGCGACUACCACCACAACCACAGCGAGGAUGUACGUGAAACGCGUGAAGUGAGCAGCGUGGAGCGAGCGGACAGUAACUCGUCAUACGAGGGAAGCUCGAGAAGGCGCAGAAGGCAGAAAAACAAUAAUGGGCCAAGCAACACAAACGGUGGUGUGGCCAAUAACAACAGCAAAUCGCAGCAGCCACCGCCGCAGCAGCAACAACAACAGCAGCAGCAGCCGCCUUCGCAGUCGCAGUUGAACAAAGCGCCUGUUAAUGCAUCAGAUAACAAACAGAGCAGCGGCAACGCGACCGCCGCGGCCAAUUCGUCCGAACGCCCAAAACAGUCGAGCGGCAAGGAGACGCUGCGGAACAGUGAGAAGCAGCAACAGCAGCAGCAGGCGGGCUCCCAGCCACAACAACCACCGCAGCCACAGGCACAGUCGCAAGCGCCACAGCCACAGCCGCAGCCGCAGCAGCAAUCGAAACCGCGUCGCAACAACAAGAAUCGGAACAACCACAAUGAGCAACAUGCGACGCCAUCGCAGCAGCAGCUGACCGACAACAUAAAGAAGGAGGCGCUCGUCAAUGGGACGUCGUAAAGGGUGUCAGCCAAGAAACAGGAGCGACAGCAAACACAACAUGGCAUUGUUCAGGAAACAUUAAGUUGUGCGCGCAGCGGACAAAAAAGAAGCAGCAAGCAAGCAAACAGUAAAAUAAAUUAUAAUGUUAAUGUCGUCUCAACCGAACAACAACAGCAUCAGCAAUCGCAACAGCAACAGCAACGCCAGGACAACAAAUCACAACAGAUCGCAACAACAACAGCAGCAACCAACACAAACACAGAUAGCAUGAAUGUGGAACGUAGGCGUUGCAAUUAAAAUGUUUGCAUAACUAUUCGAGUAACUAAACCAACAUGCAUAUAUAAAUAUAUAUGAAAAAUAUGUAAUAACUGUAAAAGCAUAUACAUACUAACAACACAAACACACACCCACAUCUACAUCUACACGUUCACACACACACACAUACACACACGCCUACACGCAGAUGAUUACGAAUUAUACACAAAAAACCUAUGCGCUGUUGUUUCACGGCCGGCCUAGGCUUUACAAUUUUUAAUUAAAAAAAUACAAAACUUAAAAAAAAAAAACAAUCAAAAGGAGUAAUUUAUGUAUGAAAAUAUGUAUAAACGUAAAAAAGUAAAAUCUACUGCAAACAAAACUAAUGAAAUAAUGUGUAAAGUAACAUUUACUGAGCAUUAUUAGAGUAGUUUUACAAUUGCAAUUACAGCAAACAAAAGAGGAAGGAAAUGCGCUUUAAAAGCGCAGUUAUCGCCAACUUGAAAAGUUUCUAGCGUCUAAUAAAAAAUUCACUAUUAUGAUUGUUGUUUUUUUUUAUAUAUUGUGGUGAAUCGUGCAGUUAGUUAGUUUUCUGUGUAUAAUUCGUGCCGACAUCAAAAACAAACGUAACUACAAAUGGCGGUUAUCAUUUAUUAUACUCUAAUUUUCUUUAAAAUAUGAACGUUUUGUAUUAUUAUUGCUUAGUUUCAUGCAAUGGCACGCUUCUAACAACUUGGUGUUUAAAAGGAAACAAAUGGUUUGUUUCAAAACCAGGCAAUGAACCAUAUUGCUGGAAAAAAAUCGACUUGUGCUUUUUGUUGAUGUUUUCAUUUUGUUACAUUUGAGGAUCGCAAGUCCUCUCUCAUCCUCUUAUCUCUCCCGUUUUAUUUGUAUAACCUUGUAUUUAUUGAACUAUUACUAUCAUAAAACACUUUCACACACACACACGUACAUACAUCAUACACACAUGCUCGCUCAUACAUAGAUACGUACAUUAAAACUUACAGGCAACUGAGGAAAGGGAGGCCAACAAAUGCAUAACAUUUUAUUUAAAUCAUAAUUUUAAUUUGCCAACAUCUACCAUGCGUAUACUAACUUAUUAGUCCUCUAUUUAAUACUCUUAAAUUAUUAAAUGCAACAACAACAGCAUCAAGUAGACAGCAUAAGUGGCUGGAGCGAAACAAAAGGAACUACAAUCAACAUAAAAGCGUAAAAAUAACACCAUGAUAGAAAUCUUAAAUAUAAUACAAACUAGUUAAAAUAAAAGGAAUUCACAUUACGAAGCAAGAAACUACAACAAGAAAAGAACUAAGCGAAAAAAAAAACUGAUAAAUCACAUAAGAACAUGAAAAAUGCAGCAACAGCAAUUAAAACAAGAAGAAAGAUAAUUACAAAUAUAAUAUAUAACUCUUCUCAUUUGUUUGAAGAACAUGUCAAUAUUUUGUAAGCUGAAACACGAAACAAAAGAUGAGAACGAUGGUAAUGAUAAAAUACGAUAAAUAAAAAUAAUGUUGUGUAAUUCAAAUAAAAGUACACAGAGAGCAUAAUAACAAUAA